CCCAAGUCUUCAGUGUCUUCUUUAUCCUCAUAGGUUCCGGUGUCGUGACACACAGUCAUCUCGAGGCAGUCUCAGGUUGUGAUUGAUGGCAACGCGUGCUUCCAGACUUAGCCUCCUCAAUCGACGAAAACAGAAAACAAAAAAACUAAAGAUCUAUGAAAGAUCUAUUUUUAUGCCUACAAAGCCGGAUUCGAUCGUCGACAAUGACAACUUGUUCCUCCAUUAAUUUGAAAUUGCCUACUUCUUAUAUCUUUGACAAACCUGCUGCUAUAAUACGCUUAGUAGAUCUAUACGUUCUGAUAAUAAUCAUAUACUAGAGGAUCGAUGAUUGCUCUUACGGCUUGACAUUCAUUUCACAAGUAACUUCCAUUUCAAACUAACUGGCCAUUCAUGCAGAUCUCCAGUGUCCUCGUCGCAGCAGCUUUCUGCCGUUAUGUACAUGCUACGUGCCAGUCCUACUGGGACGGUGCUGCCCCAUGGUGCGAAGGUUCUUGUCCGGCAACACAUGUAGCAAAACAAACCAGCGACUGUGGCGAUGGAUCAUGCUGCUGGAGCGGUCACAAAGUCUGGUGUGAGUGCAAGAGUUCAGAUUCUUUCUGCCAGAACUUCUGGUCUGGAACCGCGCCGUUUUGUAAUGGUGAAUGCCCUGUGGGAUUUACGGCAGCUGGGACAAGUAAGACUGGCAAUGGCGGCGUGUGUGUUACUGGUUCCAAGGUCCUCUGUGUUAGACCUGACUGCCGUCCCGCUUGCGUUCCAGGACAAAUCAGUUUUGAUUGCUUUUUGGGAGUUUUUGGGAUCUGCGAUAACGGAUGCCAGAAGUACACUUGUGGGGCUUGUCUGUCUGGCGGAGGAGGUCCAUCUACGCCGCCACCAGAUGUGCCCCAGUGGCCAAAUUUCAGCGCCGCGCAAACCCGCGCAUUUCUUAACUCUCGAUUUCUCGAUGUUCAACACGGCCUUAACUUAGAAAGUCUCUCAGAGCAAGAGCUGCAAGACUUAAUCAAGCAGCACUGGAACGACAAGAGUUUCCACUCCAUACGCAACAAUGGCACAGUGAAUUUCCCGUUGCCGAUCUCAGACAUACCUAGAGGAGACACUCCCCCAAUGGGAGAGAUUGAAGGGUUUGGGUUUUGCAACUGAACAUAGACAGUGUGGGACUACCCGAAUGCUCUAGGGGAGAAUGCUGCUCUAGCAUUCCUUACAGGACCCAAUUUUGUUAUUUAGUGGUCAAUAUGUGUUUAAAGAAGAGUGACA